AUGUGGGACCGGCUGCGGGGCAGUCGGGCGGCGGCCGGCGGCCGGAGUGCGGCCGCGAUGGCGCAGCGGGACGAGAAAGCGACAGGGGAAGGCGAGAGCGAUGGAGAAGCCCGGGCCGGGGUUCAGUCGAGCGGGGCUGAGCGGGGCCCGAGCGGGGCCGCCGCGUCCUUCCAGCCCCCCGAGGGCGGCUUCGGCUGGGUGGUGGUUUUCGCUGCCGCUUGGUGCAACGGCUCCAUCUUCGGCAUCCAUAACUCCUUCGGGAUCCUCUACAUGAUGCUGCAAAGCGACCUAGGAGAGGGCAAGAAGGACCCCGCGCUGGAGUUUAAAACAGCAUGGGUUGGCUCCUUGGCCAUGGGCAUGAUUUUCUUCUGCUCUCCUAUUGUCAGCAUCUUCACCGACCGAAUUGGUUGCAGGACCACAGCAGCCUCAGGAGCUGCCAUCGCCUUCAUCGGACUCCUCUCCAGCUCCUUCACCAAAUCUCUGGAAGUUCGUUAUUUCACCUACGGGAUCCUCUUUGGCUGUGGCAGCUCCUUUGCCUUCCAACCCUCACUGGUCAUCCUUGGUCACUACUUCAAACGUCGCCUUGGCUUGGCUAACGGCAUCGUGGCCGGCGGCAGCUGCCUCAUCUCCGUGCCGCUCCCCUUCUUCCUGAAGGUGGUGGGGCAGGCCAUCGGGCUGGCCCAUACAUUCCAAGUACUCAGUGCCUUAUUGCUCAUUCAGAUAUUCUUGUCCUUGACCUACCGGCCCAUCCUGCCGCCCUCCUGUGACUCUCAGCACGACGGGCGGGACAAGCUGGGCAGCCGGAGCGUGCGGCAGCAGUGCUGGGCUCAGACGCGCAGGUAUUUCAACCUGAGGAUUUUCCGGAGAAAGACCUAUCGGAUCUGGGCCUUUGGGAUUGCUACUGCUGUCCUGGGAUAUCUUGUACCUUACAUGAACCUGGUAAAAUACGUGGAGAAGCGCUUCCAAGAAACCAAAAAGGACUGGAUCCUGCCAGUUUGCCUUGGAGCCAUGUCAGGGCUGGGGCGCUUGGUUUCAGGUCGCAUUGGUGACUGCAUUCCUGGGCUGAAGAAGAUUUACCUGCAGGUUGCAUCCUUCGUGCUGCUGGGCCUCCUGUGCAUGAUGAUUCCCCAGUGCCGAGGGUUCGAGGGCGUCAUUGUCAUCUGCCUCUUCCUUGGCCUGUGUGAUGGCUUCUUCACCACCAUCAUGGCGCCCAUCGCAUUUGAGCUGGUGGGACCCAUGCAGGCAUCCCAGGCCAUAGGGUACCUCAUGGGGCUGAUGGCGGUGCCCAUGACUGCGGGUACACCAAUAGCAGGAUACCUCAAUGACUAUUUCGGGAACUACGACGCUGCCUUUUACUUUGCUGGGGUCCCCCCCAUCAUCGGCGGCUUGGUGCUCUCUGUUGUCCCGCUGAUCCACCAGAAGAUGCUGAAAAAGCAGCGCCUGGAUUCUGGCAAAGACAAGAUGCUGGUCUCGGAGGCCGUGGUGAACGGGGAGCUGCUGCCAGGUUGUCCUGCCUCUGAAGCCCCCAUGUAAGGUGUCGCCGGCAAUCACUGUGGCCACCAGCAGCCCCUCCGUAGCCCGAGCACAGGCCCUGUUCCAGAGGGCCUGGAAUUCUCCAUGGUCGCCGAUGCACUACGUUUGUAUGGAAAACAAAACAGCAGAGAAAAAGUUCUUCUGGUUAAAGGCUCUUAACUAGAAAUGCUCUUUUUUUCAGGACAGUCUCGAUUUCAAAGCCACCUUUGUUUGUGUUUGGGUUUUUUUUUCCCUCUAAUCAACUUUCCAAGGAGAGCCCUCACCAGGAUUCAAACUUGAUCCAUCUCCCGCUCCUCACUCCCCCCCAGUUUUCUACACGUCACAACAGAGGUUUACAGCUAAUAAAUGCCUUUUUAAAGCAGGCCACAGACGGAGCUUGUUGAACAUUGCAGCUGUCCAUCCUUAUCCUCCGGUGCCACUGGGGUGUCACGUCCGAGGCCGCCCCCUCCCCGUCCGGCACCGGAGGCUCUUUUGGAGCCAGCGGCUCUGAAGGAGGAAACGCUGCUUUGGUCCGAUGCACAAACCAAAUAAAUGGUCGGUGAGUCCCGCUUUAAUCUUCUUCUCUCCUCCUUUUCCUCUGCUCUCCCACACCCCCAGGGAGCUGCAGCUGGGACUACGGGGAGCUCAGCCAGCUCCGGUCCCGCUGCCCUCAUCGGAUGGAGCCAUACGGGAGCAUUCCCUUCCUGCAAAAUAAUAUGCCUUAAAAAUGCAUGGACAAGACCAACAGGUCCUUCAACCACUUCUCACCUCCCUUUUCUCACCCUGCGACUAACGACUGGCCUUUUGAGAUGCAAAAGAGAGGGUUCCAACACAGCCCACGGCGGCUGAAAGCUGUGGACGAGCCGCUGAGACUGGCACUUCAGAGGUGUUGAGGCUCCUAGGGUAGGGACAGAGCCCCUUAGGGCCCGUGCCAUGCCAGGACGCAACUUCCCGGUACCCAGGGAUGCAGGAUGGAGCCAACUUGGAACGUGGGGGGACCCAUGGGUGCAAGAGUGCAGGCUGUAGCUGAUUUGGAGUGCCUGUGGGUGCAGGGAUGCAGCCAGCUUGGGUGACAGAGUGCCACUAGUCUUUUUAGGGGACUGGCUGGGCAUUAUGCAGCAAUAACCAGAAGUCAGUAUUGGCUGGGGAUGCUCGGUGUUCCCAAAGGAUUUCAAAAGCCCAGCAGCAUUCCAUUUGUAGCCCGGUGCUGUCCCUAAGGGAGAGAGAGAAAGCUCAAGGAUGUAGCCCAGCCUAUGGGUAACCCACGCAGACAGAAGGCAGAGCUCAGUCUGUGUAGAAGUUGUUCAGCUCCAGGCUUUGCUAAUGAGCAUGGCACAGAGCAAGAACAGUCCUUCCCUGAUGGACCCUCAUGUAAAUGAGGUGCCAGCUGGGACAGGGGUACCUUUUCCUGGGAAUAAUGACUCAAGAGAGAGCGAGAAGCAAAGCUCACGUUUAUCCUGGCUGCAAAUCCAUCCUUCAGAGGAUUUUCAUUUGCUUCACCUGCCAUUCAAAAAAGAGAAGCCUGAGGAGGCAUGUGUGCUAUGGGAGUCAUCCCUUGGCCACUGAGUGAGGUGGGAGGCUUGUAACAUCCAAACAAAUCUUUGCUGUGGAAAAUUGGUUUCAGUGGAGGGUCCUCCCAUGGGCAGCGGUGAGACAUUGUACAUAGGCUCAGGUCCUGCAUGUUCCUCUGGCCCCGUGUUUAAUCCACAUUGGCUAAUCCAUUGUAAGGUCUUGUGGUCUUGUGGCCCAUCUGUCCCAGUAAGAGCUAGAAAAUUUACUGGUGUGUUGUGACGUGUCUGUUGAUGACUAUAAAUCGAGAUGUUCAUUUGUCUCUUUCUUCAGUACCCUUUUCCCUGACUCUUACUCCCCUUUGUUGCUCACAUCUCAGCAUCUGCUACAGCUCUGCUGACUCAGUGCUUGGUUCAGGAAGUCCCAGGAGGCAGCUGGAGCUGUGUCAGAAGGUGUACAUGGCCAUGGUUUCCUUCCUCUGGUGGCAUCUGCCAGUCUUAGCCUGGGGCAGGGCAUUAAAGUGGUGCUUUUCAGAUGGGAGUGUUAGUAGUGGGACAUCUCCAAAGCUGUCUGACAGCUGAAAGGAAGAAAUAAUCCUUUGGUGAGUUUGGGGGAUUUCAUUCACGUUGAUGAAGUUCUUUGAAUCACAUUUGAAGAACGUGAGAGGUUAUGAGGGAUUUAAAUUCAAGAAGUAGCUUCUUCAGACCAAGAAGAGGAUGAGCAGAACUUCCUCCAACCCACACUGUGGCUGCACAGCAGAGCUUACCGACAACUGCCCCCAGAUUUGUGUGACACUCCUGUGGUAAAACCUUCCUGGUUCAUAAGGUGAUUGAUGGUUCAAAUCCCAGAUUUCCACAGCUUUCCACUUGCCUUAAAUGCUCCAUCUGCUUGCAAAGGUCUCUGCCUUGGGAAGAGCCUGCAGUUGAUGCAAUGGGUACUUAAUGCUGUGAUGGCAUCAAAGCAACUCUGCUCAGGAGGGAUGGCUGUAUUCACCUUCAUCUCCCACAGGUUUUGGUCUUUGCCUGUGGCUCCUAUUAUGGGCCCCUUAGGAGGUCCUUAAUGAUGAGGUGCAUCACAGGCCUCCUGAGUCUGGCAAAGGGAAUCCACCGCUCAUCCUAGGAUGGAUGCAUGUCUGGUACCAACCUUCUAAACCCAUUCUCAACAUCUGCUUGUGAAGAUCCUGCCCUUGGCCAAGGUGAGGGCAAAUUCUGCAGCAGGGAAGGCAUAUUUGAACAACAGCGGGGAGAGGUUGGCCUCAUCUGCAAACACAGCUGGGAACAGGAAGGGCAAAGUUCGGAGUAGUCUGUCAACAUUAAGGGGACUGUUUGGGGGUUUGUUGGCUAAAUGCUGCUGCUCUGCCUUUGGUUUGACUCUUGAGUACUGGGAAACUUGGAAGAAUUCUUGGAAACUCAUGGCAUGUGAGAAAUGGGAUUGUGGUGAGCUGAGGAUCUAGAAACAGGGAGAAGUGACACUGGUCUCCACCUCAGAAUUGUUUCAUCCUUUCAGCAUGUCUCAGUCUGGUGCUGUGACACCAAAUAGGUCACUAUUUGUUGCAAAGAACUUCAUCCUAAACCCCCUUCUGUUUCUUCCCGUCAAGGUCUGCUCAUCUUAGCUCAGUACAUCCAUGUCCUCCCCUGGGCAGGUGGGAGCUGAACACUCAUGGUGAAAACUCCCUUUUACUAAAGUUUCUUGUGAAAAACCCCCAGGCCUCUCCUGACUCUGGGCUGCGAUUUCUGGAGCAGAAGGUGAACCCUGACACUCCAAGCUCAGCCAUUUUUUGGAGCCAGUGGGAGUACAUGGGAGAAGGUCAAGCUCCAUGGUGUGAAGGGAGUGGAAAUGAGCAGGAACGGAGAAGCUUUGAGGUGUUUGGAGAGCUGCCGGGGUGUGUGUGUAGCCUUAUGUAAGCUACAGCAAGCGCGGGACGUGUCCCAGCAGUGCCCUGCUUGGGGCUUGGCUGGGGCUGCCUUGCUAAAUCUUUAACUUGAGGGUGUUCAAAAACAAGUUGUGCAUCUUUUCUUCUUUUUUUUUUUUUUGCUUUUUCAUUUCUUUUAUUUUGUUUGAGCUGCUGCAGUGAGGUGCUGAGCUUAACUCUUCUGGCUCUGGCUGAGGGAUGGAGUGAGAUAGCCAAGCUGGAAGAGUUCAGGGGAUGGUCGUGGUUUUAGCCUUCUUGGGCUGCCCCGGUGAUGGGAAGGCUGGCAGGGCAAUGGCUGCAGUUGCUGCCAGGGAAGUGCCAUGAUUCAUAGCUUACAGCAUUUUUUUGGAGUUGUGAAACAAAGCUGGAAGCAUCUGCAGGGGUGCUUCACUGCAGCAUGCCUUGCCCUGAGGUCCUGCAGCCAGGGAAAUACAUGUUUCAAAGUCACAUCGCUUGAAUUUAACAAAUUCUGGCCACUCGUGGGCUGGGGUUGAGGUUUUCAAACAUCUCCCUGCUGUGGGAGCUGUGGGAAGGCCACAUCCUAAUUGCCAUCAAAGCCUGAGGGCUUUUGCAGAGCUGCUGCGGUACUUGGGGUUUGAAGACCCCCUGUUUCGAGAUAUUUUGGCUCUGCCUCUCACCAUCGUGGUGGUUUGGGGCUGCCAGUUUGGCUUUUGAGGAGCUUUGUAGCCCUCUGGGCUGAGCUACCUGGUCCAGAGGGACCAGGAGAAGGAGGUGGCCUGCAGCUGGGCAAGGAAAUUUCUGCCCUGCCAUGCAUGACAGUGCCACGGGAGCAUUUUGCACGGGGACAGAGGAUCUCUUUUGGUGUUGGUACGUUGGUGCUCAGAGCAAUUUGCUCUGAGCAGUCUGAUUUGGUGCUGAGGAUCUUGUCUACGCUUGCUCAGAUCACUUCGGUUCAGCAUCUCAGGAGGCUUAGGGUGGAUUUUCACCCUGGCUGACAUGGAGGGGGGACAGACACAGCUGAGACCCUUACUGUCCCUCCCUUCACUGCAUUACUCAGCUUUCACAUGCCUGACAGCUUUGUUUGGGGUUACCUUGGUUAUUUUAGCUUCAAUAAUUUUCACGCUGGCAGAGUUUGCUUCUCCCUAUCCAACUGGAAGCAGAAAAUGAGGAUGACUUUGAAAGCCCUGGCUCCUUUGCCAAAGGAAACUGAGGAGCCUCCUCCCACCACUGGAGCUGCUGCCUUUGUGCCACAAAAAAACCUCACACUGAGGCAGCUCUUUUGGGCUCUUUUGUUUGAAUCACAGCUGCCCUUCUAACCUUUGGGGAGGGCGAUGCCAUUGACAAGUGCUCCUUCUGUCCUCUGUGUAAUGCUGAGGAUGGAACUGGCACUGUAGAGGGGCUCCAUGAGCAAGCAAUGAAUUGAAAUAAAGAUAUUCCCCUUCUUUUUGAUAGCCCUUGUGAGGAAAGCAGGCAUGGGGAUGGACGGAGCUGCCACUUUCAUGCAGUGGAAGGGCUUUGCAGGGGUAACUAUCCCUGUGGCCAAGGGGUCAGCAUAGCUCCAGGUGCUUUAUCAGCUUGGCAUGGUGGACGUUAGUCCUGGUGACAUCGAGGUUAUCACUGGGCUUUGGUGGGCUUUUCCCACACAACCCCGCUCGGGAGCACUUUGUUGUCUUUGUUUUUGCAAACACUGCAUUGCCCUUGGUGCUCCCAGCAAGGACAGAUGCUGCGAGCGUCCCCAUCUCACCUCUUCAUCCCACCGCAGUGGCCUAACACCAGCACCGCUGAUUGUGGGCAUGGAGUUUGCCUCUCCUCUCCAGCCAGAAGAGGAAAGACACAGAAUUCCUCCUAUUUUCUGCAAAAAAAACACAUGGCUUUGGAAGGAGGUUCUGAACCUCCAAAGUUUCUCCUCUUUUUGUAUCAUAGUUCCCAAUUCCACAUCCGCCUCUGACUGGCAAGGCAAGCGUAGCUUUUAACUGUAGUGCUAGAGACAAGACUUUAGUGUCUGUUUUACUAAGGAAUGAAGAUUUUUUUUCCCCUUUUUUUUUUGUUUGUUUGUUUUUUUUCGGUUGGUUGGUUUGGUUUGUGUUUGUUUGGUUGUUUGGGGUUUUUUUUUGGGGGGUGGGGGGGUGUUGUACAUUUUUAAUGGUGGUGUGUAAGACAAGUUGUUUACUGGAGCAGGGUUUUGCAGAGCAGGGAUGCUCCCUGCUUGGCAAGGGCCAGAUUGCCCUGAGUGCAGUCAGGUUUUUGGUUGCUGAGCGCAUCCAAUCAAAUCAUUUUGGGAAAGAACACGACUUCUGGAGGGCUGCACUUUCCCAGCAUAUCCUGUUUCAGCCAUUUGUACUCGUUCAAAGCUUGAGAUAGGACUUUUUUGGGGGGGAGGUUGAGGGCAAUUAGGAAAUUACCCUAUGCUCCCUGCCCUGAAAUCCAGCUGCAUGAAACCAAAUAUUUGCUUUCGGAUGGGUGGAUUUUGGAGCUGACUCCACACAAGAGCACUGGGGUGGAGGCUUAAAUUUUUGGCUGGUUUGGGUAACUGAUGAGAUGGUUUGUUUUUAAGGCAGGACCUCCAAGCCUGCUGCCAUCACCUGCUGGUUAGUAGGGCCCCAUAUUGUGCCUUUCUCCAGCCCCACCACUGUCCAUCACCAAUGUGGGGGUUUGGGGUGGGAUGUUUUGAUGAUAUGCUGGUAACACUCACCUUUGUGAUGUCUGUACCCACUAAAAAGACUCAAUAAAAAGUUGCAAGCACCACUGGUAGCUUUACAAACCUUAUUUUUUUUUUCACUCUGCUCCCAGAUCUGCCUCCACCCCAGCUCCUAUGAGAUGCCCAGGGCUACUGGGCACCCUGGGAGGACCAGCAAAACCAGUAGUAUGAAAGCAGCUGCUCAGUUGGGUGCAGGAUUCAGACUCCAAAGUCUAAAACGAUUCCUUUUUAAUUUUGGUUUGAUUUUUUUUUUUUUUUCCCCACAUCUGCUCCUUGUAAGCAAUUUCUAUUCCCUUAAAAAUUUUGUAUCUGGAAGUAUUUGAAUGUAUGUCUUCAAAGUAUGACUACCCUUUCAAAAUGUGAACUUCUGACGGUCGGUAAACGAAAAGUAAAACAAGACAACCCAAACCUACCCCAUAGUAGCACAUUUUUUUGUAAUUAAUGUUUUAUGAAUGUUGUUUAUUAAAAAAUAAAAUUGUGUAGAAUAAAACCAGUUCAAAAAGAAAA